AUGCCAUGCACCAGUAAUAAUGACACACGUUCUGUCAUCCACCUGAACACCUUUGGGUUUUAUGCCAAUGGGACAUUGGAUGUCCACCUCCAGGAGCUGACUUUGUCCCCGGAGAAGUCAGCUGGCCUGGAUGAUUACAAGGUGGGCUUUAGCCUUGUCAGAUCACCAGUAAAUGGAGUGCUCUCAUACACAGGCGAAGACACCAAAGUGUGCCAGGAGUUUAACAGUAACAGUGUGGAGCCACGCCUCCUCUUCCUCAUUGACAUUUCCAACCUGCGAGUAAACAUGUACUCUUUUGGAGAUCAGGAAAACAUCCUGACUGCAGUGGAGAAAGACUCCAAAGGUGCCAGAAAUGAUAAGAACUCAGUGAUGUUGCUGCCAGAAACCACACACAACAGGUCUGGGGACCAAAAACCCAAUACUGCACAGAACGAGUCUGGGGUCCAUGUCACCAGAAGCCUAGGGACUGAGGCAGUUACCUUUAGCCUGGUGGGCAACGUGAACAAGACUCUCACCCUGCAGAAGAACGGCAGCUCCUACAACUUCAGUUUCCACUUGAAGUUUGGCUCCAAAUCAGAAGGACUGUACAACCUUAACUUCCUGAACUGCCCUAGAAAGAGCUCUGUCCUGACCCGGUUCAGCCUUAAGGUGUACAUCGUAGAGCAGAACCCCGGUGGUUUCCUCUCUGCAGCUGAAAUGCCCCUUCCGCUGCUGUACAUCUGCACGGCUGGCCUGUUCAUUGCUGCUGCCAUGAUCUGGGUCCACACGCUCCUCAAACACAGGUUCAGCGUCUUCAAGAUCCACUGGCUCAUGGCAGCCCUGGCGUUUACCAAGUCCAUCUCCUUGGUGUUUCAUAGUAUUAACUACCACUUCAUCAACGCGAUGGGGCAUCCCAUCGAAGGCCUGGCCGUCAUGUACUACAUCAUGCACCUGUUGAAAGGAGCUCUCCUCUUCAUCACUCUGGCUCUGAUUGGCACUGGCUGGGCCUUUGUUAAGUACAUCUUGUCGGACAAGGAGAAGAAGGUCUUCAUGAUUGUCAUCCCUCUCCAGGUCCUGGCCAAUGUAGCCUACAUCAUUAUUGAGUCGACAGAGGAGGGCUCCAGUGAGUAUGCGCUGUGGAAGAACGUGCUUUUCCUGGUCGAUCUCAUCUGCUGUGGGGCCAUCUUGUUUCCAGUUGUCUGGUCCAUUCGGCACCUGCAGGAAGCCUCCAACACUGAUGGAAAAGCUGCCACCAACCUGGAGAAACUGAAGCUGUUCCGGCAUUACUAUGUGAUGAUCAUCUGCUACAUCUACUUCACGCGGAUCAUUGCCAUCUUCCUGAAGGUCACAAUGCCUUUCCAUUUGCAGUGGCUUUGUGAGUUCCUAGUGGAGGUCUCCACCUUUGUGUUCUUCGUGUUGACGGGGUACAAGUUCCGCCCUGCGUCAAACAAUCCCUACCUGCAGCUGCCCCAAGAUGAGGAGGAUGUGGAAACAGAUGAAGUGGUGACAGAAUCUGGGGCUCUUGAAGGAAUCUCCAAGGUGAAGAAGACCUCGAAUGGGCGUGAACGACAGAGGGAGUUUGCCCUUUGAGACUCCUUGGGGCACGAUGAGCCAUGGAGUUGCCUCUGAUUACUUAGUUCAAGGCCCACCUCUCCAUCAGCCUCUUUGGGUCAGGACCUGGACAGUCCGAACCUCACUAUGCAAGACUGAUACUAGGUGUUUCCAUUGAUUUUGCUUCUGUUAUGUUACUCUUCUGUUCCUGUUGAAAAGACUGGCCCCUGCUCUCAGCUUGCAGAUGGUAUGAGCUCAGGAGAAUGUGUCUGAGGAGAACUUUUCACCUCUGAAGCAUGCAAGUCAAGCUGAAAGCUGCAGAAAGGCAAUGACGUUUUUUCAGGUGGAAAUGCCCUAUCUUUCUCUAACUUUUUUCAGUUACUAUUCAGCGUGUUUAGUGCUUUUUGGAGCACUGUUUUGUAUGCAGUGGCUUCAUAUGAGACCGUUGAAAUCAGAUGAACUGCUGUUAUGGUCUCCCCAGCUUCCUGUUAGGAACUCUGUGUGUAAGAGAGAGAUAUCUCUCUGCAUAGGCAGUGAAUCCAGUUGGUAAGUAUGUUUAUCUCCCUUUAGUAUGCCUGUUAUUGUUUCCAGGAACAGUUUUUCCAGUGUUUACUGUAGUGAACUGCAGGAAUCUGCAGAUGUCACUCCAAAUGAGUCCAGAAGAGUACUUCUUGGGGGAUGUGCUUUUCAAGUGAUUACUCAAGGGAUCUACAAGUAUCGGCAGGUGUCACUCCAGAAGAAUACUGCUUGGGAUUUUGCAGUGAUUACUAUAGUGAUCUACAAAAAUCUGCAGGUCUUGCUCCAGAUGAGUCCAGUAAAGUAUAGUGAAGGGGGGGGGGGGGUUCUUUUUCCAGUGAUUAUUGUAGUGAUCUGCAGGUGUCACUCCAAAUGAGUUUGGUCCCCCAUACAGAUGAAGACACGCUUCUCAGCAGCAAUAAAUACCUGCUGCUUCCUUUUAAUGUAUUCAUUUUGUUGUUUUUCUUGUUAUCUAUAAUUAAUGUAUCUUCUCGUUUGACGUGUUAUAAGUUUAAUUUGCGUGACAGGAAGGUAAAUCUCCAGUGUAAAUGACAAUAAACCUAGUUUGGGUGCAGCGUGA